ACCACCCGGAGGGGGAGGGGGAGCCGCCAGUCGCUGAGGAGAAGGAGGAGGAAGAGGAGGGGAGAAAGUUUAGGGGAGCCGGGUUGGUGGGGCCCAGCCGCCGGAGCCGAGUGAGAGAGGGGACCGCGUUGUGGUGGUGGGGGAGUCGGACUGCACCUGGCAGCACUGAGCGUCCCCCUGACUGUGGACUUGAGCGACGCCCCCCCCUCUUGCUGCUCCUGCUGCUGCGUGGCCUGAGGGACCCCCUUGGGGCUGAAUCUCUGGGACCUGACCCCCCUUUCUCCCCUCCCCCGCCCCUCUCUCCCCACCCCAGCGGGAUCGUUGAUUCAUCCGCUUCGUUAUCGUUAUUUUUUGGGGGGAGGUGCGUGUGAGGGGGGGGAGGCGUCAUUGGAAGAGUAAAACGUUAUUGAGCUUUUUUUUUUUGCCCUUUUCCCCCCUCUCAUUUUUUAAUUUCCCCUUUUUUUUAAGGUGGGCAAACUGUGAAACCCACCUAAGUGUCCACUCCUUCCCCCUUCCCCACCUUCCCUCAUCCCUUCCCAGCCCCCCCCACAAGGAAGGACGAGGCAGUUGGUUCAAUCUCUGGUAAUCUAUGCCAGCAAUUAUGACAAUGUUAGCAGACCAUGCAGCUCGUCAGCUGCUGGAUUUCAGCCAAAAACUGGAUAUCAAUCUUUUAGACAGUGUCGUGAAUUGCUUAUACCAUGGAGAAGGAGCCCAGCAAAGAAUGGCUCAGGAAGUCUUGACACACUUAAAGGAACAUCCUGAUGCAUGGACAAGAGUUGAUACAAUUUUGGAAUUUUCACAGAAUAUGAACACGAAAUAUUAUGGACUACAAAUUUUGGAAAAUGUGAUAAAGACAAGAUGGAAAAUUCUUCCAAGGAACCAAUGUGAAGGAAUUAAAAAAUACGUUGUUGGCCUUAUCAUAAAGACUUCAUCUGACCCAACAUGUGUAGAGAAAGAAAAGGUAUAUAUUGGAAAAUUGAAUAUGAUUCUCGUUCAGAUCUUAAAACAAGAAUGGCCAAAACACUGGCCAACCUUCAUCAGUGAUAUUGUAGGAGCAAGUAGGACCAGUGAAAGUCUCUGCCAGAAUAAUAUGGUGAUCCUUAAACUAUUAAGUGAGGAAGUAUUUGAUUUUUCUAGUGGACAGAUAACUCAAGUUAAGGCAAAGCAUUUGAAAGACAGCAUGUGCAACGAAUUCUCACAGAUAUUUCAGCUGUGUCAGUUUGUGAUGGAAAAUUCCCAAAAUGCUCCACUUGUACAUGCCACUUUGGAAACAUUGCUAAGAUUUCUUAACUGGAUUCCACUGGGAUAUAUAUUCGAAACGAAGUUAAUCAGCACAUUAAUAUAUAAGUUUCUAAAUGUUCCAAUGUUUCGAAAUGUCUCUCUGAAGUGCCUCACUGAGAUUGCUGGUGUGAGUGUAAGCCAAUAUGAGGAACAAUUUGUAACAUUAUUUACACUGACAAUGAUGCAGCUUAAACAGAUGUUACCUUUAAAUACCAAUAUUCGACUUGCUUACUCCAAUGGAAAAGAUGAUGAACAAAAUUUCAUCCAGAAUCUCAGUUUGUUUCUCUGUACCUUUCUUAAAGAACAUGGUCAACUUAUCGAAAAGCGAUUAAAUCUCAGGGAAACAUUGAUGGAGGCUCUUCACUAUAUGUUGUUAGUAUCUGAAGUAGAAGAAACUGAAAUCUUUAAGAUUUGUCUUGAAUAUUGGAACCAUCUAGCUGCUGAACUCUACAGAGAAAGUCCAUUUUCAACGUCUGCCUCUCCAAUGCUCUCUGGAAGUCAACAUUUUGAUGUUCCUCCCAGGAGACAACUUUAUCUACCUGUAUUAUCCAAGGUCCGUUUAUUGAUGGUGAGUCGAAUGGCUAAGCCUGAAGAAGUUCUGGUUGUAGAAAAUGAUCAGGGAGAAGUUGUUCGAGAAUUUAUGAAGGACACAGACUCCAUUAAUUUGUAUAAGAAUAUGAGGGAAACAUUAGUAUACCUUACACAUCUGGAUUAUGCAGACACUGAAAGAAUAAUGACUGAAAAACUUCACAAUCAGGUGAAUGGAACAGAAUGGUCUUGGAAAAAUUUGAACACUUUAUGUUGGGCAAUAGGCUCUAUUAGUGGAGCGAUGCAUGAAGAGGAUGAAAAAAGGUUUCUUGUUACAGUCAUAAAGGAUCUUUUAGGAUUAUGUGAACAGAAAAGAGGCAAAGAUAAUAAAGCUAUUAUUGCAUCAAAUAUCAUGUACAUAGUAGGUCAAUAUCCAAGGUUUUUGAGAGCUCAUUGGAAAUUUUUGAAGACCGUGGUCAACAAGUUAUUUGAAUUCAUGCAUGAAACUCAUGAUGGUGUCCAGGAUAUGGCCUGUGAUACCUUCAUAAAAAUAGCACAAAAAUGCCGCAGGCAUUUUGUUCAGGUUCAGGUUGGAGAAGUAAUGCCAUUCAUUGAUGAAAUUUUGAACAACAUUAACACAAUCAUUUGUGAUCUUCAGCCUCAGCAGGUUCACACGUUUUAUGAAGCUGUUGGAUACAUGAUUGGUGCACAAACUGAUCAAACAGUACAAGAACAUUUGAUAGAAAAAUAUAUGCUACUUCCUAAUCAGGUGUGGGACAGCAUAAUUCAGCAAGCCACUAAAAAUGUGGAUAUACUUAAGGAUCCUGAAACAGUUAAGCAGCUUGGAAGUAUUUUAAAAACAAAUGUAAGAGCAUGUAAAGCUGUUGGCCACCCCUUUGUAAUUCAACUUGGACGAAUUUAUUUAGAUAUGCUUAAUGUGUACAAGUGCCUCAGUGAAAAUAUUUCUGCAGCUAUCCAGGCCAAUGGUGAAAUGGUUACAAAACAACCCUUGAUUAGAAGUAUGCGAACAGUAAAAAGGGAGACUUUAAAAUUAAUAUCUGGUUGGGUGAGCCGGUCUAAUGAUCCACAGAUGGUAGCAGAAAAUUUUGUUCCUCCUUUGUUAGAUGCAGUUCUUAUUGAUUACCAGAGAAAUGUUCCAGCUGCUAGAGAACCAGAAGUACUUAGUACUAUGGCUAUCAUUGUCAACAAAUUAGGGGGACACAUAACAACUGAAAUACCUCAGAUAUUUGAUGCUGUUUUUGAAUGCACAUUAAAUAUGAUAAACAAGGACUUUGAAGAAUAUCCUGAACACAGAACAAACUUUUUCUUACUACUUCAGGCCGUAAAUUCUCAUUGUUUCCCAGCAUUCCUGGCCAUUCCACCUGCACAGUUUAAGUUAGUUUUGGAUUCCAUUAUCUGGGCUUUCAAGCAUACUAUGAGGAAUGUUGCAGAUACAGGCCUACAGAUACUUUUUACACUCUUGCAAAAUGUUGCACAAGAAGAAACUGCUGCUCAGAGUUUCUAUCAGACCUAUUUCUGUGAUAUCCUUCAGCAUAUCCUUUCAGUUGUAACAGACACCUCACAUACUGCUGGCUUAACGAUGCAUGCUUCAAUUCUUGCAUACAUGUUUAAUUUAGUAGAAGAAGGAAAAAUAAGUACACCAUUAAAUCCCGGAAAUCCAGUUAACAACCAAAUGUUUAUUCAGGAGUAUGUGGCUAAUCUUCUCAAAUCUGCUUUCCCUCACUUGCAGGAUGCGCAAGUUAAACUGUUUGUAACAGGACUCUUCAGUUUAAAUCAAGAUAUCCCCGCCUUCAAAGAACACCUUAGGGAUUUCCUGGUACAGAUAAAGGAAUUUGCAGGUGAAGAUACAUCUGACCUGUUUUUAGAAGAAAGAGAAACAGCCCUUCGACAGGCUCAGGAAGAGAAACAUAAACUUCAGAUGUCUGUCCCUGGCAUCCUUAAUCCACAUGAAAUUCCUGAAGAAAUGUGCGAUUAAAAAUCAAAACAAGUUAUGCUGUCUUUUUUUCUGUACAGCUUCUUUGUUGUGGUAGAAGAAAACAGCAUUUGGAUAUUUGUUGACCAAAAUGAUGCCAAUUUGUAAAUUAAAAUGUCACCUAGUGGCCCUUUUUCUUAUGUGUUUUUUGUAUAAGAAAUUUUCUGUGAAAUAUCCUUCCAAUGUUUAAGCUUUUGUUUUGGUCAUCUUUAUUUAGAUUUGCAUGAAGUUGAGAAUUAAGGCAUUUUAAAAAACAAUAUUACUUCAUGCCCAUUUUGUGGCUGGGAUGGGGGGGAAGAAGCAAAUUGAAUUUGAAAAAAUAUACUUGUAAAUUCUAUUGCAAAAUUAUACAAUUUUUUCCUGUAACAAAACCAAUUUUUAAUUAGGGAGCAUUUUCUUUCUAGCCUAUAUUUCAGUCUAGAAGAAAAGGUAAUGAGUAAAACAAUUGCGUUGUUAAAGGAUUAUUAUAGUGCUGCAUUGUCUUAAAGGUAGCACAACUUGGACUGAAUUGGAUGGCUAGACUACAUGUAUUACAAGUCUGUAUGGCAAGUUUGCAGCAAGAUCAUGUGCAUAUCAUCCCAUUGUAAAGCAACUUCAAAGAGUAUGGGAACACAGUUAGUUAUUUUUACACAGUUCUUUUUGUUUGUGUGUGUGUGCUGUCGCUUUGUCGACAACAGCUUUUUGUUUUCCUCAAUGAGGAGUGUUGCUCAUUUGUGAGCCUUCAUUAACUCGAAGUGAAAUGGUUAAAAAUAUUUAUCCUGUUAGAAUAGGCUGCAUCUUUUUAACAACUCAUUAAAAAACUCUGGCUUUUGAGAUGACUUAUACUAAUUUACAUUGUUUACCAUGCUGUAGUGCUUUAAGAACACUACUUAAAAGCAAAAUAAACUUGGUUUACAUUUAUUUUUC